GUAUCAAAAACACUAAAAAGCAAUUGUAUUAAAAAAAGAAACCUCGUUUUUCUCUGCCUUAAUGUUCAUUUUCCUUGAAGAGAACGAGAAGAAGCAGAGCCCUCUCCACCAGAUCACGUUAGCAUGGUCCAGGCACCAUCUUUUUAAGGCUUUUAGACAAACAGACACACAGAAUAUUAGCAUUCUUUUUCUUUUUUGGCUUCCAUUGUUUCUUCUCUUGUUUAGCAUUUGAAUUUAAGGAAAGGGAGAUAGUGACAUGGGCAAUUGCUUUCGAACUCGUUCGAAAGUGGACAACUCUCUGAGCUCUCAGGCAACUUCGGGAGCUUCAAAACUUCCAAAUAGAGAAAAUUUUUCUGCUUCUUCAAGUGUGAUUAAAGCUGAUAGUGGAAAAAGUGUACCUGGAAGUCUCUCUGCUGCAAAAACUGAAAGUGAUAUAUUGUCAUCCCCCCAUCUGAAAGCAUUCACAUUUACUGAGCUCAAAAAUGCUACUAGAAACUUUCGUUUAGACAAUCUCAUUGGGGAAGGUGGGUUUGGUUAUGUUUACAAAGGGUGGAUGGUUGAGCAAACCCUUGUAGCUGCAAGGCCUGGAUAUGGAAUGGUUGUUGCUGUGAAGAAGCUUAAACCUGAAGGGUUUCAGGGUCAUAAGGAGUGGCUGAGUGAAGUUAAUUACCUUGGUCAGCUUCAUCAUCCAAAUCUGGUCAAACUUAUUGGAUAUUGCUUGGAAGAGGAAAAUAGGCUUUUGGUCUAUGAGUAUCUAUCCAAAGGCAGCUUGGAGAAUCAUCUUUUCAGAAGGGGUGCUCGACCACUUUCAUGGGCUAUAAGGAUCAGGGUUGCCAUAGAUACUGCUAGAGGCCUUUCCUUCUUACAUGAUUCUGAACAACCAGUUAUAUACCGAGACUUUAAGGCAUCAAAUAUCCUACUAGAUUCGGAGUUCAAUGCCAAACUUUCAGACUUUGGCUUGGCAAAAGCAGGCCCUGUUGGUGAGAAUUCUCAUGUUUCUACUCAAGUCCUGGGUACUCAAGGAUAUGCUGCCCCGGAAUAUAUUGCUACAGGUCGGCUAACUGCAAGGUGUGAUGUCUACAGCUUUGGAGUUGUGUUACUGGAACUGCUUUCAGGGCGCCGUGCUGUUGAUACAACAAAAAUUGGAGUGGAGGAGAAUCUAGUGGAUUGGGCAAAACCCUAUUUGAGUGAUAGGCGCAAGUUAUUCCGAAUUAUGGAUAUCAAGUUACAGGGUCAGUACCCUCAGAGAGCAGCUUAUACUGUUGCCCUCCUUGCAUUACAGUGUAUAAGUGAAGCCAAGGUCCGACCACGAAUGGCUGAUGUUUUGUCUGCCCUAGAACAGCUUCCUACCCUUUCUUCCCCAAGAGUUGUUCACGCCGCCCCACAGUCAGAGGCACAAGCAGUAGCUAGUCCUAUACCAAAGUCCCCAUUGAGAAAAAGUUAUCCUACCUCACCUGCCAAUAUGCCCUACAGAGGCUCUUCACUGCCAGUUGAAACGAAAUCUUCUAGCCAUGUGAAAUCCCCACAGGAACGGCAGUCAUUUGAAACGAAAUCUGCUCACAAUGUUAAAUCCUCUCAGGAACUACAGCAAUUCGAAAUGAAAUCUCCCAGCCUUGUGAAAUCCCCUCAGGAAGAAUUGUCAUCUGAAAUGAGAUCCCCUCGCCAUGUGAAAUCACUGCCAUCUGGAAAGAAAUCCCCUCACCAUUUGUAAUCUCCACAGAGAUAAUGAGCCUGGUACAGUUUUCCCUCCAGCGUCUCACCGUAUAUCCCCUUUCUCCCUUGUUGUCACCCUUUAGAUGGUAUUUUGUUCAAUGUAAAAAAAAAAGAAACAAGAGGUAGUAGUAUCUCGCGGCAAAUUUUGUGGUUUUAAGCAAAUCCUAUAGAGACAGAGAUCUUUGGAUUGUACAGAAAAUAUGCCAUCAAAUUUUGUCAUCACCAUAAGUGCAAGUUUUCAUUCACUGCUCA